GCCCAAUUCCUCACAAACUUGUAGCCAUUCUCUCAACUUUUCUGCAGAACAGAGAAGACACUUUAUAUAUCUCCUCCACUCUCUGAGUAUCUGAAUAUCUCAUGUGCUGUUUUGCAUCAAAUUAAAAGUACCUGAGAGAUUCAUAAUUCAGGUAGCAAUCACCUUCCUUUGCCAAACUCUUCAGGCUAAGCCUCCAUAUAAACAAGUGCCGGCCAAGCAGUUCAAUUCAGUUCGGUAGCAUACGACUUAUCCAUUCCCUCCAUAGAGCCGAGUGCCCUUCUCAGCCUCUCGCUCUCCCGAGUCCCGACGUGCACGUACUCCGCUCCAAGAAGGCGAGGAGGAGGCCAUGGCGUCCAUCCCGUGCACCAUCCAGCUGGGCACCAAGACGACGACGUCCUCGGCGUCGAGGAGGGUGUCGCCGCGGGCGGCGGCGCAGGGGAAGGGAGGCGGAGGGCUGAGGACGCCACUGCUGGGCGCGGGCCGGCGGGGGCUGGGGUGGCUGCGGCCGUCGCGGCUGAGCGGGGUGGUGCCGGCGAGCGAGAGCGGGCGGGUGGGGCCGACGUGCUGGUUCAGGUUCGGGAACAAGGACGCCGAGGGCGCCGGCAUCUACGGCAGCCAGGGCCGGGACGACUUCGACCGCGACGACGUCGAGCAGUACUUCAACUACAUGGGGAUGCUGGCGGUGGAGGGAACCUACGACAAGAUGGAGGCGCUGCUGGACCAGGACAUCCACCCCGUCGACAUCCUCCUCAUGCUGGCCGCCUCCGAGGGCGACAAGCCCAAGAUCGAGGAGCUGCUCCGCGCCGGCGCCAAGUUCGACGUCAAGGACGCCGACGGCAGGACGGCGCUCGACCGCGCCACCGACGACAUCAGGGAGUUCAUCGUCGGAUUCGCCGUGAAGAAGGCCUGAUCGUAUGGGAAGCAGAUCAUUGACCUGCUGGAGAAUGGAGAUCGGAGGAUAGAUGGACGACGCUUCUUUGGCUGUAAAUUUUCGUUUCGUUUUCUUGGGGUGGUAGCGAGUGUUAGCCAGGAGAUUCACAAGCUGUCUGCAGAGCUAGCUUCCUUUAAAAUCAUCUGUAUCUUGCAUUAUUACUGAAUUCAGAGUGUGUGCUAC